AUGGCGAGAGGAAGCGGAGAAGACAUGCGCGAGGAAAGACGCGAUAGCGAGGGACGCGUUGAUGCGUCGCGCCAGUCGCGUAGGUCUCAGGGGCUGCCGCCGGAGGAGCACGCGAGCCUGGACGAGGUUGUCCGGGCUGCUCGGAAGGCAGGUGCAGCAAAGCGCAAGGCGACCCGCGAGGCGAAGGCCAAGUCAUCGGAGAAGGAGCCGACUCCAGAUCCUGACGCGAAGACUGUCCAAGAUCAGGGUGAGUCCGUCCAGGAUGAGCCCGCCAAUGAGGUUGAUCCCCCGGCGGCGGAUCGAGUUUCGGACUCUCCGCUGCCGGAUCAAGAUGCGGAGUCCAAGGAGGCCCCGAACCUGGAAGACAAGCCGCUGCCGACUGUCCAAGAAGUGGACGAGCUCGAGGACUCGCAAGAGACCUCGCCGUCCGCCCAAGCGACCACGACGAACCCUGAAUCCUCGGUCCAGAAAGCUUCGACCAAGACGACCCCAAAUCAAGUCAUCCCGGGCCAAGCUCCGAAUCCAGGCUCGCUUCGGUCGGGAACCCCUGACCAGAGGUUCGCCGAGGUCCAGGAGAAGGCGUACGUUGCGCAGCAAGUGUCCAGGUGGGAGCGGGUGGAGUCCGAGCGCGUGAUCCCGCCCACUGUAGAGUACUCCUGGCCGACAGCCAAGCCGGAUGCACAGCCCUGGAUGGCCGCCAUGUUGACCACGUCCAGGUACCUCAGUGCGCGAGCACUCUUGGAGGACCAGUAUGGAUGCUGGAUCGCGAAACUUCGUCUCGACCGUCGGGACUUGAGCACUGCCCAGGAUCUUAUGGCUGUCCAGGUUCCGGUCCAGAUGCUGACACCGCGGGAGACGAGAGCGGCCAAGGUCGCCCCAGCCAAGCUGCGAGUGGUCAUCCAGGACGUACCGCAUCCGCUGGCCCUGGAACUGGUGGAGUGGCGUUCACUUGCUGUCGGUGCUACGUUCAAGAUCAUCCCUGUCCUGAAAGCGCAAGCAUCAGAGACUCCUGAAUCUGAACAAGCAUCCAUCCAGGAUUACCACGCUGAAGAUCAAGACGGAGAUCUAUUGAUGACGGAUUACGAUCUAGGCCUACUCGUCCGGGAAUACGUUCUCCGCCUCAAGCUGACUGGUCUUCGCCCGACGAGGAGUCCAGGAGGGUCGUCCGAUGGCGAGCCUAAACCGAAGCGCCAACAACACCAUCCAGCCCGGCCACCGCUUGCGUCGCUGCCGUCCGCGUCGAGCCCGUCUGAAUUGCCGUCGCCCAGGACCUCCAGUCGGAGUGAUGUCGUCCAGGCGGAGGAGGCCGCCCCGAUCCAGGAGUAUGCGACUUCGGACCUGUCCCGAGCUUGGACCAGCUCCGCGAGUUCGCCCUCGAUCGGACUUGGAUUCAGCGCUGGCGCCCACAUGCCGCCCUCGACGUACGGUCCGAUGGCUAUGUCGAUUCAGGCUGGCCGUCCUGGAUUUGCGGUCGGUGGAGGCGCGGUGGGUUACUACGUGACCCAGCGUGUCGUGUCGAAGCGCGCCGACCAGGAUGAUGUCGAGAUGGCCGAGUCCGUUCAGACCUCCAAGCUCGGAGUCGUCCAGCGAGUCGGAGACCAGCAGCACCAGGAGCCGUUGUCACCGACGUUCCUCGAAGCGGUCCUCGAAGUCGAAGCGGAGGUCUUCGUCCAGGCGGUCCAGCCGGCCAGGACGCUCGAGACACUCACACGGAUCCAGGAGGUCCAGUCGGUCGUACAUGUCGAUCUCGUCUGGGACAUCUCGACGCAGCUGAAUCAGUUGCAGAUGAGCUUCGAGUAG